UUCGACUAAUAAUGAGUCUUAAGGCCAUGGCCACCGCCUGGUCCUAAUUCCGGUCCGAAGAUCGGGUCACUCUGACGUAAGUGAUGUUAAUGUCAGCUCACGCCGCCUUGCUUCCUCCUCUUUCUGUCGUGGCACUGUGAGCGAUUCAAUUGCUGACUCGAAACCGAUAAGACAACCUCAAGAUGGGCAAGGAAAAGUUUCAUAUUAACAUCGUGGUCAUUGGCCACGUGGACUCCGGCAAGUCCACCACCACCGGUCAUUUGAUCUACCAAUGUGGUGGUAUCGACAAGCGAACCAUCGAGAAGUUCGAAAAGGAGGCCCAAGAGAUGGGCAAGGGCUCCUUCAAGUACGCGUGGGUGUUGGACAAGCUGAAGGCUGAACGUGAGCGUGGCAUCACCAUUGAUAUUGCUCUGUGGAAGUUCGAAACCCCCAAGUACUAUGUGACCAUCAUUGAUGCUCCCGGCCAUCGGGAUUUCAUCAAGAACAUGAUCACCGGUACGUCCCAGGCUGAUUGCGGUGUGUUGAUCAUCGCUUCUGGCACUGGUGAGUUCGAGGCUGGUAUUUCCAAGAAUGGCCAGACUCGCGAGCACGCUUUGUUGGCUUACACCCUGGGUGUGAAGCAAUUGAUCGUGGGUGUGAACAAGAUGGACUCGACUGAACCGCCCUACAGUCAAGCCCGCUUCGAGGAGAUCCAAAAGGAGGUGAGCGGCUUCAUCAAGAAGGUUGGCUACAAUCCGGCUGCCGUUCCCUUCGUGCCCAUUUCCGGAUGGCACGGCGACAACAUGUUGGCCACUUCGCCCAACAUGUCCUGGUACAAGGGAUGGGAGAUUACCCGCAAGGAGGGCAAAGCUUCCGGCACCACCCUGUUGGAGGCCCUCGACUCGAUUGUGCCCCCAUCGCGACCCUUCGACAAGCCUCUGCGUCUGCCCCUUCAAGAUGUCUACAAAAUUGGCGGCAUUGGAACAGUGCCCGUGGGCCGUGUGGAGACCGGUAUCAUCAAGCCCGGUAUGGUGGUCACCUUCGCUCCCGUUCAACUGACCACCGAGGUCAAGUCCGUGGAGAUGCACCACGAGUCCCUCCCUGAGGCCACUCCCGGAGACAACGUGGGCUUCAACGUCAAGAACGUGUCUGUCAAGGACAUAAAGCGUGGAUUCGUCGCUUCCGAUUCCAAGAACAAGCCCGCCACCGGCUGCAAGGAUUUCACCGCUCAGGUCAUUGUCCUCAACCACCCUGGACAAAUCUGCAAUGGGUACUCUCCCGUGUUGGACUGCCACACCGCCCACAUUGCUUGCAAGUUCCUCGAGAUCAAGGAGAAGGUCGACCGUCGUACUGGUAAGGCCACCGAGACCAACCCCAAGUCCAUCAAGUCUGGCGAUGCCGGUAUUGUGGAACUCGUGCCCAGCAAGCCCAUGUGCGUUGAGGCUUUCGCUGACUUCCCUCCUCUUGGUCGCUUCGCCGUUCGUGAUAUGAGACAGACUGUGGCUGUCGGUGUCAUCAAGUCCGUCACCCUCAAGGAAUUGAGCGGAACCACCACCAAGGCCGGCGCUAAGGCUCAAAAGAAGAAGUAAUCACUGGGAGUCUUCGUCUUUUCGACACAAUUUUUAUGCGUUGGAAUUUUGAACCACAACAUCUUCUCUGCCGAGACAUUGGCGAAUAAAAUGAUCCCUAUGUGUUAUCGACAUUUGAUUGCCAGUGUCUUAAUCUGUCAAAAUUUGGCUAGAAAUAAAGAAUCCCCAUCAUUAUCGCCAUGGUUCUCCUCUGCAGGAGAGCCGGGUUUAAUGAUAGGGAAAAUGAACAUCGGA